AUGAGCGAUCAGGCUCUGAGCUUCCUAAAGGACUUCUUGGCCGGCGGUGUGGCCGCUGCCAUCUCCAAGACUGCUGUCGCGCCCAUCGAGAGGGUCAAACUGCUGCUGCAGGUCCAGCAUGCCAGCAAACAGAUCAGUGCCGAGAAGCAGUACAAAGGGAUCAUUGACUGCGUGGUGAGAAUCCCCAAAGAGCAGGGCUUUCUCUCCUUCUGGAGGGGUAACCUGGCCAACGUCAUCCGUUACUUCCCCACCCAAGCUCUCAACUUCGCCUUCAAGGACAAGUACAAGCAGAUCUUCCUGGGGGGCGUGGACCGGCAUAAGCAGUUUUGGCGCUACUUUGCCGGUAACCUGGCCUCCGGUGGGGCAGCUGGGGCCACCUCCCUCUGCUUCGUCUACCCGCUGGACUUCGCUAGGACCAGGCUGGCUGCCGACGUGGGCAAGGGUGCCGCCCAGCGGGAGUUCACUGGUCUGGGCAACUGUAUCACCAAGAUCUUCAAGUCUGAUGGCCUGAGGGGCCUCUACCAGGGUUUCAAUGUAUCGGUCCAGGGCAUCAUUAUCUACAGAGCCGCCUACUUUGGAGUCUAUGAUACGGCCAAGGGGAUGCUGCCUGACCCCAAGAAUGUGCACAUUAUCGUGAGCUGGAUGAUCGCCCAGACUGUGACAGCGGUUGCCGGGUUGGUGUCCUACCCCUUUGACACCGUCCGCCGUAGGAUGAUGAUGCAGUCUGGCCGGAAAGGGGCGGAUAUCAUGUACACUGGGACAGUGGACUGCUGGAGGAAGAUUGCAAAAGAUGAAGGACCCAAGGCUUUCUUCAAAGGUGCCUGGUCCAACGUAUUGAGAGGCAUGGGCGGUGCUUUUGUAUUGGUAUUGUAUGAUGAGAUCAAAAAGUUUGUCUAA